AUGGCUACAGCGGAAACCGUAGACCUGGGCAGAGUACACGAGCCCAAAGAGGAGUCCAUCAGGGUCUUCAGGCAGAUCGAGCAGGAGUUGAAGAAAGAGCUGCUUCAUAUUCGGCACGAAUACCGUAAUCAAAGUCUGGCUAUACUAAUGGUUAUUCCUGCCAGAGCACGAGGCCGAAUAUUUCCGGGCAGUGGUAAGAAUACUCCUCCAACCUUCCCAGGUCCAUCCUCUCAUAUUAGAGCUGCGGAACAUCUCGAUGAUCAGCAGUUGGUUGCUUUCGGCCCGGGUGACUUUGUUGCCGUGAGAGUCGCCGUCUCAGCGUACGGGAUCCAUCUCUUUGGCAAAGUUCAUGUCCCCGCCCUGCCUGACUCUGGUCCCGCCUAUAUUCAUUUCCGUGUUUUUGUGCCAGGAGGGGAACCACCAAAGCUUCACAGCAUCCACACUGAGGAGAAGGAGCAACCCGACGGGGACAGAACAUACCGAGCCAUUUUUACCAAAGAUGAUGUGUUGGAGUGGUUCGACACUUGA